AUGGAACACACGAGCAAACAGCAGGACGUUGAGCACAACGUGAAUCGCAGGGUGAGAGAGCUCUAUCGCUUCUACCAGCCUGCCGCCUCUACCAGGGUGACUCCAUCAUGGCUGCCUGCGGGCGAACAUAUACCGUCUUCUGGUGUUGCAGUAUCCCCGAAUACCCCGCCGGUGGGUGAUGGCUCCGGUGCUUCCAACAGCAGCGCGACGUCGCGACCGGAGUCUACCGUCGACCCCCAGGACCUUGUUCUAGGCGUCUCCAACCACACCCUGGUCUCCUUCGCCCAACUGGCUGCGCUUCAAUUGGACGCUGAGCGUGCUGUGCUUUGUGUGUUGGAUCGCGAUGUGCAGCAUAUUAUUGCCGAAGCGACUAAAUCCGUGAAAUUGUGCGACUCGUCGAGUCCUGACCCCGAAAAUGAUUUUUGGCUGGGGUCUGGUGGUAGCCGCAGGGCGUGGAGUGUGUGCAAGGACACCGUUGCUUUGUCUCCCUCGAAUCACACAAAUGAUCAACCCGAGUUCUUGGUUGUUAACGAUUUGGCCGAGAGUGAACGAUUCAAACGACUUUCUUUCGUUGAAAACCACCCGCAUUUUCGAUUCUACGCCGGAACCCCCUUGACCACCGAGAAGAAUAUCAACCUGGGAUGUUUUUUCGUGCUGGACACCAAACCACGCGAUGGGUUGACCUCGUUGCAAAAGGAAACACUGGGUUCUCUCACAACGCUGGUCAUGGAUUACCUGAGAUUGAGUCGGCAGUGUUCCGAGGGCCGCCGGGCUGCCCGUCUUUCUCGUGGCUUGAGCUACUUUGUUGAGGGAAGUUCGAGUUUCGUGGACAGCAUUGAUCCGUCGUGCACCGAGAGCUAUGGCCCUUUCUCCGCGACUCCGCCAUCAACAAACCCUCGCAUAAGUAUUUCGGCCGGCUCCCGCGGCAGUAGUCACGACCACGCGUCCAUGGAACCCUCACAAAGUCCUUCCAACGACCGAUCUCUCAGCAAUGACGCACGCUCCAUCUGCUCCGGCGCGUCUGAUUCAAAAUUGGAUGCGGUGACUUAUGGAGCAGGCUCCUCUCUUCCGGAGUGGUUGACGAGCAGUAGUCGGAACCGACUACCGCCUGAUAAUUCCCAGGGCAACUCGUGGUGUUUUCGCCGAGCGGCAAACCUCAUCCGUGAGAGUCUGGAUCUGACCGGGGACAGCGGCGUUGUAUUCCUGGAAGCCAACAAUAGUCCUAUGUUGGAUGGUGACAAUGGGAGUGAUAGCAACGACUCGGGUGGGCCCGCCACUGUGCUCUCGAUGUCAACGAACGACGAACCGUUUUCUCCCCAACCUGGCUCUACAGCCACUUUACCUGCGGCAAAUAUAGACCGAGCAUUCCUGCAACUCCUGCUGCGGCGCUACCCCAAGGGCAAGCUCUGGUCUUUCCACCCGGACGGCCUCAUUUCAACGUCGGACGAUGAUGAUCAAGAGUCGCGUGACAGGAUCACCACUACAUCCAGUCGGUCUCCACCCGGUGUCCCUGCUUUUGACACUUCGAACCCCAUGGAUAGGCGGCGAAAGGCUUCGGAGAACCCAAUGCUCAAUAAAUACUUCCCUGGCGCUACACAAAUCAUCUUUGUGCCUUUGUGGAACGCCGUGGGAUCGCAAUGGUUCGCCGGAUGUUUUUGCUGGAGCACCAUUGAGACACAGGUUUUUACUUCGGCUGUCGAGCUUAGUUCGAUUCUCGGAUUUGGAUCCUCUAUCAUGGCCGAGUAUAGCCGAGUUGAGUCACUGAUCGCCGAUCGCCAAAAGGGCGAUUUCAUCGGGAGUAUCUCACAUGAACUUAGAAGCCCACUUCACGGGAUUCUGGCUGCCGCUGAAUUCUUGAACACCACUCAUCUCAAUGAAUUCCAGGACUCUCUGCUGGAGACGAUCAAUGCCUGUGGAAGGACAUUACUGGACACUAUGAACCAGGUUCUUGAUUUCAGCAAAGUGGUCUCGCUUGAGCGGACAUGGCGGUCAUUGAAACGGCGAAAGGAAUCACCGCUUGAUCUUAAAGGGACUGACAAGUUGGCAUCUCAUCUGGACACUUACAUUGUGACGGAUCUUGCUAUUUUGGCCGAGGAAGUCGUCGAAGGAAUCUGUCUUGGUCUUGCAUACGGCCAAAGUUCCACGGCUUCUGCCGACCUGCCGGUGUUGUCCCAUAAAACCCUGAAGCCCUCGAAUAUUCGAGCCAAAGUGGAAGUAGCCAUCGAUGUGGCACAGCAAGAUUGGGUUUAUCGCACCCAGCCCGGUGCUUUACGGCGGAUCAUUAUGAACAUUUUUGGCAAUGCCAUGAAAUAUACUGAGUCUGGUCGGGUCACUCUGCGCCUUGAAGCGUCAAGCCAGUCCGAGGGCCGCUCCCUGCGGCAGGGCCUCGAGGAUUUGGUUACUUUGACCGUAUCCGACACUGGAAAGGGUAUCUCACAGGAGUUCCUGCGCGGCCGAAUCUAUACGCCUUUUGCACAAGAGGAUUCACUGGCGGUUGGCACUGGCUUAGGCCUGUCUAUUGUUCGAAGUCUUGUUAAGGCUUUGAAUGGAAGUAUCCGUAUCCGCAGCCGCCCUGGCGAGGGUACCAUAGUGCGCGUAUCUUUGCCCCUGGCACGACCGGUUGGCCAAGAAAGUCCGCCAAUCGAGCCCCAUGGAAAUCUCACCAGCCAGAGGGAAACUCUGACCCAAACCCUUCUGCUCCGUGAAGGAUAUCCUAAUAAGCGAGCCGCAAUAUGGGGUAUCGAUCCCGAACAUGUGGCAGAAAGCUCUAAUUGGGCUGAGAUCGGACGAUAUCUUACAGAGUGGUACGGCAUUGAGCUUGUGUCGUGGCCAUUUUCAACGGCUAUCGAUAUUUUGCUUGUUGAUGAGCCGGAUCUACACGAGCUACGCAACUAUGGGCUCUCGGCGAAUUUGCCAGCCCUGCUUAUCCUCUGUCAUAAGUCAGUGGAUUAUAGCGUGGCACGCUUUGAAUGGGCAUCUCUCGCUUCCUCGGUGGACAUCAUUCGACAUCCCUGUGGGCCACAUAAAUUGGCUCGAAGUGUACUGAGGUGUCUGACGCACUCCCAAUCGGCUUCAACAACACCGGCCUCUCACGUUCUGAAGGAUCCCAUGGAUCUACCUAUUCGGACUUCAAAUUUGCAAUCCACAGUGGCUUCUCCGUCCGCCGCCCCUCCUGCGGAUACACUCAACACCCCAGCGACGGCAGCUGAAGAGGUCGUUGAGUCUACUCCCAUCUCAAAUGAGGAACUACCGCCCACGACACCCUCGGUGAUCACCGCGCCACCCCAGGCCAUCGUAGCCGCUCCGUUGCCCUCGCCAUUGGUGGAGGGGAGCAUCGACUCUGACCGACUCGCACGGGUUCUCGUUGUUGACGACAACCGCAUCAACCUAAACCUGAUGAUGACGUUCUUGAAAAAGCGCAAGCUGACUGAGAUGGAGGCGGCGGAGAAUGGCAAGCUCGCUGUCGAGGCCGUCGAACGUCUACAGAAUGGCUAUGAUAUCAUCUUCAUGGAUAUGUCGAUGCCUGUUAUGAAUGGAUUCGAGGCCACGCGUGCCAUUCGUGCGCUGGAGAAGGAGCGCGACGGCUGUGGGCCGGCCGUCAUUAUUGCUCUGACGGGACUCAGCAGCUCGCGCGAUGAGUCCGAGGCUCUCGCGUCGGGAGUCGAUCUGUUCCUCACCAAACCUGUCUCUUUCAAGGAAGUCUCGCGUCUCAUGGAUGAGUGGGAGAAGGAUAAGUUGAGUAGUGAGCGAAAGGUGAUGCCUUGA